AUGCAAUUAAACACUCUCUCAAAUCAACAUGAAUCAAUAUUAAAAGUUAGAAAUGCAAUUAAAUUAAAUGAUCAAAAUAAAAUAGAAGAUUCAUUAAAUUAUCUUUUUACAAAUGAAUUAAAUUUAACUGAUAAAGAAUUAGAAAAAUUAUUUAUUUUUCUUGUACAAAAUAUUGAUAAAUUACUUGAUAUUGUUGUAUAUAAUGCAGAAAUACUUGUUGUAUUACAUUCGUUAUGUUGUACAUCAAUAAAAACAAGUGUUUCACCAUUUCUUGAUUCAAUUUAUAUUAAUGCUUCUCCAAGAGAUUUAUUUCUUAUUCACACAUCAUUAAUUAAUUAUACAGAUAAUAUUAAUACAUUACUUCAUUCACUCACUUAUCUUCCUUCUAUUCUUGAAAGAAUUCCUAAACAAAGAUUAGAAAAAUCAUUAAAAGAUACUUAUAAAAAUAUUGAACAAAUCAUGAAUCUUAUUAAUGAAACAAAUGAAAAAAAGAAUGAAAAGAUAAUUCAAAAUAUUACUGAAUCUUUUAUUAAAAUUCUUCAACCAUCUAAAGAAACAUUAUACAUUAUAUUACUUCUUAUUAAAAAUCAAAUAUUAAAUAAUUCUUUAAUAACUAAAAUCAAAACAUUUUGUAUUAAUUGUACUAACCUACCAAAUAUUAUUCUUUCAUUUAAUUUUCAACAAUUACUUACAUAUAUAGGAUUUGAAUUACCUAUUCCACUUAUUCUCAAUACUUCAAAAAUAUAUCAUAUGAUUGAAGAUGCAAUUAAACAUUGUAAUUUAUUUUCUCAACAUUCAAUUAUCAUUUUACAAUAUCUUAUGAAUUAUAACCAAAAUACUUUAGAUAUUGAUGUUAUUUCUAUUUUACACAAUUCAAUCACAUCUAUCCAAACUAAUGAUAUUUUACAACAAAGACAAGCAGCUCAAUUAUUCCAACUUUAUAUUCUUUCUCAUAAUUCAGAAUCAAUUAAAAAUUUAAUUAUAAAAGUAUUUGACACUAUUAAAUAUCGUCAUUUAUGGAGUUAUAUUCUUCAUAUUAUUCGAUUAUUUAUAUCAUUUUCAUUUAAUAAUCCAAAAUUACCUUGUUUUAACAAUCCAUCAUUAGUAUUUUCUGAAAUUGAUGGGAUUAUUAAUAAAUUAUUAAAUAAUAAUGAAUAUAUGUCUUUAGAUAAAUUUGGAGUUAUUGGAAUUAUUGAUGAACUUGUAGAUGUAGUAAGUUUUAUUCAUUUUAUUUCGAAGUAUCCAAUAAUUCCAUUUAAAAUAACAGAUUAUAUUAAUAAACUCAAUCAAAUUUUAUCAAAUCUUCUCAAUGUGAGAUCAUUAAUAUUAAAUGGAUUAACUCAUGAAGACAAAGAACAAUUAAAAAAAGCAAAUAAAAUUUGUAAUAUCACAUCAGGAAAUGAAAAAAUAGAAUUAGACAUUGAUGGAGGAUUAGAACGUAAUACUACAAGAAUAGAAUUUGGAAUAUUUUCUUUACAAAAAACAAUUAAAUCAUUACAAUCAAAAAUAAAUUGA